AUGAUGAGAAGAGGGAAAGAGAAGAAGAAAGAGAACCCAAAUCGAACCGGGUUAUCGGGGUAUUACUGGUUAGAUCCGAAACCGUUUACACUAUCGGGGUUUCAUCCAUUGGAUCCAAACCCUGGUUCACUGUCGGGCAGACCUUAUCGGGUUCAGUUGGUUGGAUCCGAAUCCGAAUCCGAACCCAAUGGAAUCGUAUAUAAGAGCUCACGCUUUCUUCAAUUCAAUUCGUUUCCCAAAUGGGAAUCGUUGGGAAACGGCUUCUCUUCUUCGUCCCCAAACUCCAUCUCCUUCUCCUUCCUCGAAACCCUUAACCCUAACCCUAGAUUUCUCCUCUCCUUCUUCUCCUCCUCCUCUGCGUCCUCUGUAAACUAUGGCCCUAGAUCUCGGACGCCAUCGGAAUCCCAUUUCAAUGCCUUGGUUUCCAGUCUCCAUCCCGGCUUCACCCCCGCCGACCUCACCGAUGUUCUCAGCUCCACCGCCGACCCCGACCUCGCCCUCGAUCUCUUCCGUUGGGCUUGUAUCCGCCCUGGAUUCCGCCCCGAUGCCUCCCUCUACCACUCUCUCAUUCGCACGCUUAUCUCCUCCCGUCGCUUCUCCGCCGCUGAGUCACUCAUCUCCGAAGCUCUCUCCGGUGCCUGCACCCCUGAUCCUCCUUUAUACAACACCAUCAUCCACUUCUGCUGCUCUCGCCGUCAUCUCCUUUCUCAGGCCUUCGAUGCCUUCAAGAAGAUGCGCAAAUCCUCGAAGCCCUCCAUUGAGACCUACUCGAUGCUCCUCGGUGCCAUUGUCAAGCGCUUUGGAAAGCCUCCAGUUUCCCAUAUUCAUCUCCAUUCCGUGAAGUCCUUAGUCCGGCAGAUGAAGGCCUCUGGUAUAAUCCCUGAUACUUAUGCUCUCAAUUUGAUUAUCAAGGCUUAUUCAAAAUGCCUUGAAAUGGAUGAUGCCAUUAGGGUUUUCAAGGAGAUGGCUUUGUAUAACUGUGAACCAAAUGAGUAUAGUUAUGGGUACAUUGCCAAAGGAUUUUGUGAGAAGGGGAGGAUCAGAGAGGGAUUAGGGUUUUUCAAGGAGAUGAGGGAGAAGGGCUUUGUGCCAACUAGCAGUGUUUAUGUGUCGAUGAUUUGUAGCUUGGCAAUGGAGAGGUGGUUUGAGGAAGGAGUGGAGGUGUUGUUUGAUAUGUUGAGGAAUGGGAUGCGGCCGGAUGUGUUGAGUUAUCGGACAUUGCUGGAGGAGAUGUGUAGGGAUGGGAAGUCUGAGCAUGCAUUUGAGUUGUUGGAAGAGCUUGGUCGGAGGGAUGGAGCCAUGGAGAAGAAGGUGUAUGAUGAUUUGCUCGGCGGUUUGCAUUGGCUUUGCCAACCCCAUGAUUAGGAUUGCUUAUUAUCAGGACAGACGUGCUGAGCUACUGGCCUUUCUCAUAGAAGAUUUGCAGGGAUGAGAAUUUGGAGGCUGGCCUCAGGUGCAGGGCAGUGCGCAAGAGGUGUGCGCUGAUAGGCACGGCCAUUUGCAUUGGUUGUACCAGUCCCAUAACUGGGACUGCUGUUUAAUGUGACUUUGGGAAGCUUAUUUGAAGGAAUGGGAGAUAUCUGUAGUGUUUGGGACUGCUAGAGGAGGUUUGUUGUAGGGAGUGGCCAAGAAGAGGGCAAUUGUAUGAUUGGUUAUAUGGCUUGACAUGGUUAUGCCAGCAAGCCCCAUGAUUUGGGAGAGCUUGGUAGAAGUUUAUAUUUUGUGUGGCAUACAAUUCAUUAUCAGUUUCAAGAUUUCAGGUUCUGAGCUAAUGGGCUUUAAACUAGUUUGCUGUCUUCUGAGGAGAUUUAUUAAUGCAAAAUGUGAGCUUUGAAUAUAUUUUGGUAGUUGCUUGAACAAUAAGACAUAUAUUGCAUUGGAUACUAUAUCGUUGUGACAUGAAGUGUUGGGGAUCUUCUGCAUGCUUGGUACAUGGUUUCGGGAAUCAGUUUGUAAGAAUUACAUUUGCACAUCAGAGAGACAGGCUUGAUAUGAUCCUCAGUUUGUGGGAAACAUUUUUAUUGAGAACUCUUAGUUGGAUCAUAAAUUAUCUUGUAUACUUUUUUUGGUCAAAGUGUGAUUUAUUUUUUUUUAGCUCAAGGAUUGUAGAAUUAUUUACAUAAAGUCUUUAGCACAUUCUUACCA